AUUUGAAGACAAACCCAUCAAAUACCUGGAGUAACCAUCGGGACUCUCCCUCUGAAACCACCAAUGGUAAAUAAAGCUGACUCUCUCACUCUUGACUAUCUGCUACCUGGAAGAAAACCCCCCAUUAAACAAAGGGAAAAGAAAAAAUAAUUUCCCUGUGCCCUCCUCCCUUUAUUAAUACCCUCACCUGUUCCCCAUCUCUCUCUAGCAAGUUUUAAACCAACAACGCAAACCCAAACCCACACCCCAUUCCUUAAGGUCUCGUCUACUGCCGCCUCCACACUGGCUCUCCCAACCAUGGAAGCUUUCAGCCUUCUCAAGUUCUGGCGACUCAACCCCACCGACACUCCCUCGCCCGCCGUCGACCUCGACGCCGACUCCCCCAUCCAGCUCGUCGAAUCGGACAGCGAGUCCUCCUCCUCCGAGGACUCCUUCUUCGACCUUGAAUUCACUCUCCCAGGCCAAGACUCACGCGACGACUCACCCAAAAACAUCGACGUUGACUCCGCCUCCGACUUCCUCGAAUCUCCCAACGACGGCUUCUGCAAAUCCGACCCGAACUCCAAGCCUCAGUCCCCCAUCUCGUUCCUCCGAUCCCCUCCCAAGUUCAGCGUCCUCAUGUUCUUCAAGAAGCCCAAACUGGACAAAACGGAGACGGCAACAACCCCCGACGCCUCUCCGCUGACUCCGAGCCGUUUCGCCGUCAAAUGCGACGUCGAGGAGUUCCCUAUCUGGUCCCUGCUCAACAGGGUAAACAGCUCCAGGACCAAAUUCGAGAAGAAAACCACGGAAGUGGAUUCGUCGAAACGGGUCGGAAAGGGCGGGGUCCAGAGGUACUUAAAGCUGAUCAAGCCUCUUUACGCCGGGGAUGCGAAGAGGUGCGGCGAGGAGGUCAAGGUUUCAGCUGCUGCGGAUCCGACGUCGUCUCCGGCGUUGGCGCGUUCGCGCAGCAAGCAAGGAGAGAGGAAGCAGGGGAGUAAGACGGCGUCGCUUCGGGUGGCUUGUAAAUUGGGGAAGAGCCGGUCGGCGGCGGGUGGUGUCGCGCCGGUGCCGGGGAGUAAGAGUGAUGAUUCUCUGGUGCUGCAUAACGAUGGCAUCCAAGGCGCCAUUCUUCAUUGCAAGAGAUCAUAUAACUCCCCCAGAGAUUUUUCAUCGCGGUCGCGAUUCGCGAGCGAAGCGUCGGACGAGAUCUCCGGGAGUUCUAGAAAUUCCAGCGAGGAUGAUGAGAAGGAAAGAAGCAGCAUUUGAACGAAACUCUCUGUUUCUUCAGAUUUGUGCACAGAACAUGGCUCGUAAUAGCAAGAAGAAAGAAAGAAAGAAAGAAGCGGGAAAAUGUUUAAUUAGUUAUUAGAAGGCUUAAGAUCUGACUAACAGUGUGUUUUAGUAAUGCUGAAGGUGAGAUUAAUCCCUGUUUAACGGGGAGUUUGUUUUGUACACGUCAUGUAGUACGUAAGCGAGUCACCUUUUGUGGUAGUAUUUCGUCUCGUCUUUGUAUAAAGAAAUAGAGGUUAAUUCAGGUUGUAGGAUUUGUUUGUUGUGAAUGUAAAGCUAGUGAUCAGAUCUUGGCAUAUCACAAUGGGAACCGAGGAUUAUGUCUUGAGAUUAAUUAUGGUAAUACCUCUGAUUAUGUCUGGGAUUAA